AUGUUAAACCUCCCCUUCCUCGCCGUCUACGCAGUAGCCGAGGGUCUCGCCGCCGCUGCCCUGCUCAAAACACUCCGCGUCAAGAGAUCUGCCGCGGGGGUAAGCUACCAGACUCUCCUCGCCUUCGCUAUAGGUCAUUUGGGCUCGUUUUUGUUCGCGUUGGUAUUACCAGUUUCUGUGAGUACUAUGGCAUAUGCAGGUGCGUCGUUGUUAUCGGCGUUAUGUCUGGGGUUGUUGAUCCGCGUGGCUUUCUACCAUUACUGUUCUACGUAUCAGGCGCAAGUGGAUUCGUUCGGCAAGCGGGUUUUGCCUUCUGCGAUUUCCGAGAUGGUUGUGGCGGACCUAUCCCCGUUGAAGCAGCUUUCGCCAAACAAACAGACGCAGCCACCAUCGGAACCAGUGGUUCGGGUACAUUGGCUGGUGCUGUACGUCGGCACCUUGGCAGUGGCCGUCUCAGUCGAGUGCUUCAGACAACACAAGCAACUCGGCCAAACACUCAGUGCCAUGGGCAGCUUCUCAGACUGCCUCCUCGGCCUCGCACUGAUACCCCAACUAUCCAUGAUGCUCAGGAGCGACAAGACACACGUCGCCCGCGCCGUCGGCACCGCCGUGCUCUACUGGACGGCCGCCCGCGCUGCGUCCUUCGCCUUCUGGUAA